CAUUGAGACCAUCGCAAUCGUCGCCAUGUUAAGGACCGCGGAUCGCGAUUCUCACAGUGACCAUUGGCGACUGCUCUUGCCUCGCUGGGUGUGCUUUUCCUCGCUCGCUCUUCAUUCACACGCAUUUCGUGGCCCGCUCUUGACCAACUCGACCUCGCCGGAGCUGCAGCUGCACGCUGAGGCGCGUCUGCCCUGCGUCGUUGCCCGCUCGCCGACGACCGAAAUUGCCCUGCUGCCGCCCGGCACACACUGAAGUGGAAGGGAAGUUCACCUCGCCGUUGCCUAGACUAAGCGGCCCAACCACGAACCGGCUCCAAUUCCAUCGACGACGAUCAAGGGGGCCCGAGGGUAUGAGGGAGCUUUAUCUACUCCUCUCCCUUUCUUUACAAUAUCACACUCUUCAUCGCUGAUCAUUAUCGUCGUCGGUGAGCGACGAUGAUGACGGCAGCAGCAUCUCCACGCUCGCCCGCUGCCUCGCCACGAGUGCAUACAUCGUCGAGCACCGAGCAGUCACCUUUCCUCAAUCAUUUCAAUUUUCCAUCAUCAUCCUCCUCGUCUGUCUCGUCAUCAUCCAGUUCCCGCCGAGCUCAGCACGUCUCCUUCUCUUCCUCCUCCUCAUCGUCCUCCCCUGCUCACUGGUCGACGACGUCCCCGGAUAGCGUCGACGGAUGGUGGGAGCACGUGCUGCCUCAGGGUCCUCUUGCAGAUAGGCUUCGACGUGCGCAUCAUGAGCCGCACCGCUCGCCCUCGUCCUCCACCAUCGGCCGAUCGUCUGCCUCUGUAAGGUCUUCGCCCAAAGCGGCUCGCAAUGUCUUCGCCUUCCCCGGACAGGCCAGCCGGCGCCACCAUGCCGAUGGCGAUGAUGAUUCGAGCGAUAAUGAGCACGCAGCGGCACCAAGGAAAAGCCAGGCUGCGAAGCUUCUCGCCGAGGAGAUGGGUACAAGCGGUAGUGGCGGUGGAAGACGUCGCAACAGGCAACGGGUGCAGAGCGCCGAUGGGCCCUCGACAUCACGAUCGUUGAGCGAGUUGUCACAGCACAACCCUGUACACAUGCAGCAACUUCACCCUCCUGCGCCUCAUUUGCGCCCUCGCGCUCAUCGACACUCGGUUAUGCCAGCCUGCCCCUCGACGGGCAGCAGCGGCCACUUCUCGCCCUUAUCACGCACCCCGGAGAUCAGCUCCGGCAGUGAGACGGAGUAUGCACCGACGUCUACAACGACAUCGGCAAGCUCGACUCUCUCUCGCUCCCAGUCGCUGCAGAUCAAUAGCGGUCGAGCAGCUCGCAGUAAGAAGAGCACCACAUUCUCCGAUCAAGAGUGGCAGGAUGUCCUCUCCGGUCGCCACUACAAGAAGCGUAGCAGUCGUCGUGUCAGCUUCGAUGCCGAGGCGGAGGCAAAGGCUCGAUCAGACGAGGAGAAUGAGGAUGAGCUGCGCAAGUUGCGUCUACUUCAUCAGCAACAGCAGCAUCAACAGCAUAAGCAUCAAUCCCAGCCGCACAGCCAGCAUCGUAACCCUCUGGACGAGCUAGCAGCUAGCGGCUCGCAGCAUUGGUUCAAUACGACGAGCUCGGCCACAAUUCACCGCCGCAGAACCAGGACGCUGAGCAGGGACGGCUUCGGCAUCGCCAAUCCAUCCUCAUCACGCCGCGCCGGCACAGGCUCAGCCCCUGUCAGCCCGCGAACGUCGAUGCACCUCAGCGACGCUCAACGAGCCAAGCUCCUUGACGGUCUCGGCAUCGAAGGUAGCGGUCUCGCAUCGCAUCAGCAUUCUCCUGCGGUCUCGCCUCCUCUUCCUUCGUCCUCGUCUUCCCGCCCACCCCGGUAUGUCCCGGCCCCUGCUUCUCAACACGAAGUGGCCGUUCUUCGCUCCCUGCAAUCGGCGCAGCACCACAUUACGCGCACGACAAGCACAGCUCUGAGCUACUCGCGCUCCCUCCUGCACCUGCCAGCCCCAGUUGUCAGGCCACUUAUGCAGGCCACCCUCAUCUGGUGGAUCUCAAGUGCCACGCUCUUUGCCCUUGGUACGUGUCUGCUCGCAAGCUACUGCUUGACCGUGUGGGACGAUGUGAAUGGGAAGAAGCGCAGCGCCGAAGCGCAGUGGGGAAAGAAGAGAGGUGCUACUCGGCAAGAAGAGGAAGACGACAGUCAUUCGGCGUCGACUUCAACGUAUGCCUCACCUUCUGCCACCCCCUCAGCUAGCAGGAGGGCCUCAGCGGCCAAUGCCCUUGCACUGGUCGAGGAAGUGGGCAAGGUCGUCUUCAUCAGCCCCCUCCACUUCGCCGCCAAGGUGCCGCUGGCCGUUGCGUAUAGCCUAGCUCCGAGGGCUGUACCUACCGGUAGUAGUCCUAGCAGCAAUGGCAGCAGUAGCAGCACGACGCCGACGAAGGAGAGGAGUCGCAGUGGUUCGCUCGUUGCCGCGGAAGGUGACGCUGCUGAAGACGCCACGGACAGCCAGCAAAACGAGGAGCGUCAGCGACGCUACAAGGAUGCGAAAGAUCGCCCAUUGCCCCCUCGCCCUCCCCUUAGCUCGUUGAUCCCGAGCAUGUUCUUCACUCUGCUCCUUGCUCUGGGUGCGGGACUUUUCGGAGGAUGGGUGAAGAAGCAUAGCAAGGGGAACGGUGAGGGGGAGGAGAAGGGGCAGCAGGAGCAGCAAGAGGAGGGUCAGCAGGAGACGAGGUCCUGUGCACAAGGGGCGGCGCAGGGGCACGCCAUGGGACAGCAGGGGAAAAGGAUUUCUCUGGUCGUGGCUUGAUGACUAGAUGACGAUGACGACGAUUCUCACGAUGUAUCUCUCCUUUCUUACGACCACUCAUACCCCGGGCACGAUUGACUCGAAGCCCCGCUCGCGACUUUCUCACUGCUCAAUGCUUGUCUUGCUACGCACUUUGUCCUCAUCACAAUCAAUGCCCUUCUGCCCAACGGGAUGUGUCAUGGCCUGUGUUGAGGAGGAGGGAAU